GCACCUUACGAAAUAAUCAUGCGAGUACUACAAUUUGUGUUGCAAGAUAAAACCCACACUCAAGCAUACCUGGGGAUUGGUUGAAUGACACAGAUUCUCUUAUAAUUCAUUGUCGCCAUACCGUUAUUCAUACCUACUCAGUUCUGCCCACAAAAAUCUUGUCGCUAUCAGGUUCUCAUGUCAUAUCACAUCACACUUAUCACACUUCUCACAUCCACUCUCACGUGAUUAUGGAACUUUGCGUUGUCCGUACCUGCUUUUAGCGUUCGUAAUACAUGCCUAGCAUCCAGCACCCAGCAUCCAGCAUCUAAUAAUAAUCUUCUUCAAGCGGGCGGCUGCUCUAGGCUGAAUCUCCAUUUUUGGUGGGCAUGAAUGGAUGUUGAUCCAUCCUUUCCUGCCAUUCUAAUUUGUGUGUUUAUAUCGAAUCAUCCGAGUUAUGCUCUUAUCUAGAGGAGAGUUUGCCCAGGACCUACUUUAAUGCCUGGUCGAGCGCAGCUUGGGCGAAGAAGGAAAAGCAAACACCUCAAACGACUCCUCCUGAUUUUGCUCAGCUUGUGUAUCGAAUUGCAUCAAUCCCGCCUCAACUUCUCAUCCCACGGACGAUAAUAGAGAACAGCAGAGGCUGCCAUAUCCUUGCACCGCCCUAAGGUUCUCGUCAACAAAUCAAGCUCCAGCCAUACCGUUCAAAAUCUAAUAAAGCGAAAGAAACAAUAAUACAACCGUGCGGGAAAACACAACUAAUGAUAAACAAACUUUGGUCCCAUAAUGCAAACAAUAUCAUUGUGAGAUUGGAACAGAGAAUCCUUCCAUGUGGAUACUCCCACUGUCCUCAAUCUCAGACAGAAUCUUGAAUCUACAUCAACGGUCAAUUGUCAGUCGACAUCGAAUAGCGAUACUUGGUCUUCGUCUUAUCACUCGGGUUGCCCUAUCAACUGACAGCACAUUUCAGCGCCCAAUUGCCUUGGGAGUCCUCACAAAGUCACAUUCUGCCAUUCCGCGUUGGUAAAUGAACAUUGGCGCAAAUUAAUAAUAUCACAACAGCCUUCAUGUACGCCAACACAAGGACCUGCUUCAAUGGUUUACUACAAUAUACGAAUACCAUUUGAGUCGCCGCAUGUUAGAGUUGGGAAUUGGUCUUAAUCAAGACCAUGCCUUCCCCCGAGCCCGAAAAAGAUGAGACAGCCCCGGCCCAACCCAAGUCUCCAGGUUCUCCGCAGAAGACAUCGCCCGCCAGGAACGCUCCCAAUGGUGCAGCUAUACGAAAGCCGGGUGUCAAGCCCCGGACUCCUGCCAAUGCGCCCAUACACAAACGACCACCAUCCAAGAAAUCGGAGCCGACAUUGCUUAGUGAUUUUCUGCUGGGCAGGCCAUCAGCAAGUCGCCAAAGACGAAAAAGUCUUGACGCAGUCAAGGCGGAAAUGCGGGAGAGCACUGUGAACAGGAUUCAAAAGCCAGGAGGAGUACAUGAUCGGGUUAAGCAAUGGCAAAAAGCUAGUGCAGCAGCGGCCAUUGAAGAAGCCGAUGAUCCAGAGUCGGAACUAGAUGAGAUAAUAGUGGAGGUGGAGGAAGAGAGUGUAGUUGGGCCCAGUGUUGUUACUGAAGAUAACAGGCUCCAUGCCAGAAAUCAAAAUACUCGACCUGGACGGCGGAAAAACAGAGACCCUGAAGAUUGGGCCGCAGAAGUAAGGAGCAAAAGUGCGCCUCGAAAAAGAGUUAUAAGCGAUGAUCAUUGGGUGAUGAAUAAGACCAAGGCCUCUCCGAAGAAAAAGGAUAUCAAAGUCACAAUGCGAGCCAUACCUAAAGACUUUCUUCAGCAAACGGCUGCUAACCCCAAGUUGGAAAGCAAAAUCGCCGAUUGGGUCAAGCGUACGGAGGCUGAGUCUGGGGGGCAUGAAGCGGCCCAGUCUACUCCACGAGCAAGCAAGUCCCCAUAUCCAAACAUCCGUGGGGAAAACAAGGGCAAAAUGAGGGCCAAGUCUUUAGGAGAAAUCAUAGUUGAGAUAGAGGAGGAACCGACCCGGAAACCCUCAAAAAACAGAAUGAAAGCCGAGUCAAGGAGUACCCCAAGCUCGCGAAAGAAUUCGAACAAUGGAUCCAAAGAAAGCCUUGUUAGUUCGUCAAAAGGAAAGCAGACCCCUAAAUCUGAACCAUCCAGAACUCCAGCGAAUGACGGCAUUAGAGUCAAGGCAGGCGGGCCGAAUGGUCGAUGGGAGGAUGGCAUUAGAGUAAAACCUGUUCAAGCGAGAUGGAGGGCACCUGAGGCUAAGAAACAAAGUUCCGGAGGCAACCCUUUUCUCGAUGGCAUUAGCUUGAAACCGACGCCUGUUCAUAAGGACGACAAGCAAGCGCCUCUGAGAUCAGAGAUCUCGGAUGAGCAUUCUCCUCAUAAACGUAAAUCAUCUGAGAAGCAUAUCAAGAUGUCGAAGGAGAAUGAAAGAAGGGAUAUAAACGACCACUCCGAUGGCGAGUUCGACCGUCCCCAAAGCUCCCGGAAACAAAGAAGAAAAUCCCGUUCGCCAUCUCCAUCAGUUGAUGGGAUUCCCUUUGGCGACUCUGCUUUCAGUACUUUGGAUUUGCCCAUUGGUGCCGAGGCUGGGAACACGGGAAAUAAACCUAGACCACAAAGAAAUCCUAGUCACCUGGUGCCCAAAGUUCUCAAGCGCGUCUACAAUGAAGGGAAAAAGAUUAUGCAUGAUACGCAUGAUACCCCUGAAAUGCCCCCAAGAGGUGGUGUAAACCGGCCGCCAACAAUUGAGUCUUGGCUCAAUAGCACCACAGAUCCUUUCCUUGAUGUGCCAAGUCCUGUUUCGACUCCCGAAUUGCCAGAAGAGUCUACAAAGGUAGAUGAAAGUGAGAAAAAUACUUCCAAGCCUGACCAAGACCAGAAACAAGCACUCGAAGAAGAGCGUAGAGCAACUGGGAGUAGACAAAAGCGCGUUCGAAAAAGUUCAGAUAACAGCUUCAGAAGCCACAACGAUAAAUCUCCUCUGUCGCGUGUCUUGGACGAUCCAAUCGAAUUCAAGAAGCCUCCCACUCCACCUGCAGCUGGUCUUCGACGAAGUCCCGCUUUACGUGCUGCUUCUCCUCCUGUGGUUAGGUCGGCUCGUAAAUCACCUUUCAAAGAUGCUUUACUAGAUGCCUUCCGAGGCGAGUCUACAAUUGAGGGUAUCUUAGACAUAGAAGAUGAUGAUCAAGAUCAAGAGAAAGACAACUACGAUGUAGACGAUAUCAAGAAUUCUGAUCGUAGCUUACAAACACCUGAGAAUAGCAAUUCUCAGCGCAGCCGCUCAUCUGGUACUCACCUUCAAGUGCCAGACGGACACCGAGACAUUUCAGAUAGACCGAGGCGGAAGAGAAGAGGUGGAAGCUCCGGCAACCAUCACUUAUCCAAACUUGCAUCUGUUGAAACCUUCAGCACUCUUUCGUCUGUAGAAACUUCUUCUAACCUUACUAAAACUACUCUCACUCAAGCUACUACCGAGACAGGGCGGUCUGAUUCCAACGUCUCACGCAGGAGAAGCAAUAGAUCGGGACUCAAAAGAAGACUUACAAAGCAUUCUGACUUGGUGUCAAUGUUGUCAUUGCCCGAUGCCCCACCAGCUGGUCGUACAAAAAGUAUUAGAUCGGCUCGAAGUGUGCGUACAGCUCGAAGCAGCCUAGAGACUGCUACUGAAAUGGACUUGAUGCGUGAAUUGGCAGGCGAUGAGGUUAAGUAUAUGAGAGAACUGAAAACAUUGGUUGAUGGGGUGAUACCAGUUCUCCUAACUUGUGUUCUGUCUAAAUCAGACUCUGCAAUUGCCGCUGGCCUCUUUAAUCCCGACUCCACAGACAUGAAUGAAACAUUUCUUACCAAACCAAUUGUCGAUAUGGGUGUUGCUCUCGAGCGUUUGAAGAGUCUACACAGACGCAUACCACUCCAAGACCCAGAUGCUCUCAUAGUCUGGCUUCAGAGAGCCCAUCGAACUUACCAAGACUACACUCGUGCGUGGAGAUUAGGUUUCCAGGAUGUUGUUGUCAAUUUAGCACCAGCUUCGCGCAAAUCGUCUGCAGAAGAUAAAGAAUCUCCUCUUGACAGUGUCCCGCGCAAUGCCGAUGGAGAUAUUGUGAACUCAAAUGGCGAACGCGUUGAUGUUGCCUUCUUGCUCAAGAGGCCACUUGUCAGGAUAAAAUAUCUUGCAAAACUAACAAAGGGUCUUGAUAAGCUUAACCAUUCUGAACUCUCAGGUAAAGCAUUAAAAAUAUUUGAUGAUUUGCAAGAAACGGCUCGUCGCCGUGUUAAAGAAGAACACGCUAGACUCGAAGAUCUAUAUGCAAACAAUACUGAUGCAACUCGAGCCCGCAAUCCGCAAACACUUGCUCCAGUUGAAGAUGCGCACAUCGACCGUACUAGACAAGUCUCGGCUAAAGAUUUUUUUGAUCUUGAUUUUCCACACUCUAAUGGUCAACGGAUUGAGUGCCGUGUAGAACUAAUACUCCGGGAUAAUCUUUCAGACGAAAUUGACCCUGGAGAUGUUCUAAUAUGUGCAUCAGAGAUCACACCAGAAGCUACUCAUCGUUACUUACUAUUUCCCCCAAUCGAUAGAGAUUUUAUAUCCGCUUGCGCAGGUGAAAAGCCUGAUGAGCUGAUAAUCAUGAUCCGUGGAAUACAAAGACCUAUAGAAUGGCGAGAGAGUUUACUUCUGAAGGGUGCUGAGCCUGAGACUGCUGCCGAGUGGAUAGAAAUGCUAGGAUCUAUCCCAAUGCCUCAACCAGUUUUGAGCUCGGUACCAGAUAACGCAGACACAUUAUCAAUGUUGUCUAUGGAUCCUUCGGAAAUAAGCGAGGCCGGCGAUCCUGAUGAUAACGAACUGCCAAUUGGUGCCCGUCGAAGAAGAAGGAAACACCAUUCAAAAGAAAGACCACGAUCUUCAACCUUUUCUACCAUGUCAUCUGUAGAAAUUCCAGCCCCCCUAAAGAUAGACCGAAAAGAAACAUCAUCUCCGCCACGGAGACAUCGAGAUGUUUCUCUUGAUGAAAGUAUUGGUCAACCAUCUAGAAGACAUUCCAAAUCGUCAAGGUAUCAUUCUCACACUCGUACUCGAUCCACACCAAGUUCACCUCUGUCAAGUCAACUUGUUCUUGGCGAUUCGGAUGAAGAAAGCAGAGAUAAUGAUGAUUUUGAGGAAUAUGAAAGUCGUGCAUCUACACCAGGCAGAACAUCUCGCCGACCCCUUACACCCUCCGAAGAAUUGCCUUACAUACCUAAAGUGCGCAAAACAAGUUCUGCCACCUCAAUCGAUAGCGAAUCCACUACAAAAGAUUACAUUCGCCGCACUUCGUAUGAUCCAGUAGAUCCAGAUGAUGCAUCUGAACGGUCUCGUAGCCCUGAUCUUGGGGAAGAAGAGAGUGCUCCACCACCACCGCCAGCUCAUCGGUCAAUGUCUCCUAGUGGUCUCAAACAGCCAAUAAUCAUUGAGCCCCCAGCACCAAGAUCAAGGUCUCGACGUACUUCCUCUCCCUUGAAACAUGAAUACCGACCUUCUGAUAUAUCCGAUAUAUCGGAGAGGUCAGAGAAAUCCGAGGUUUCUGUUUCCGAGGUUUCUGAAAUGUCAUAUUCAUCAUCUGAAGAAUCCGACACAGAAGAAGAAGAGUCAUCAUCUAGUUCCGAUGAAGAUGAACUCGAUGAGCUCGACGAACUUGAAGCUGCUGAUCUUCCUGAAGCUGAACCCGCUCCAACUAUAUAUGGUAGACGUGCCAUUUCACCUACAACCUCUCUUUACAGUCUGCCAAAUGUCACUUUGGCACCUGUAAAUUCUACGCCUCGGAUUCCAAUUGUACCAAAGGUCGACAACUCAGACGUCAGAAGACACGUUGCUACUGUUACGACCUGGAAUAAUGCUAAAGGUCGUUGGGACGACGUUCAUUCGAAAUCUUGUUCCAUUAUUAUUCGUCCGGGAUUAAUCGAAGUACAUGAAAUGUCUUCCAGACAUUCUUCCCCUGCAGUUCUUUCAACUAUUCAAGAGUCUAUUGUAGGAGGUUCAGAAGAGAAAAGCUCAAACGAGGACAAGCGGCCAUUACUUGGUCAGGUACUUACUCCUGUUGUUACACUCAGGCAAAGUAAUUCACUCGAUAUUGAAAUUCACUCUCCUCCGACAAGUGAUUCUCGAGUUAAAUGCAGCCCUACAAUCAGAUACCACAGUUUACACAACCGUGCAUGCAUUGAUCUUUACAAUUCAAUUCACCAGGCUCGCAUGAACAACCCAACAUAUAAGAAGCUAGAAGAAGAACGACGACUCAAUUCCUAUGGCGAUGCAACUUACGAAACUGCGGUUGUCAGCAAAAAACGAAGCUUCUUGAGCUUCGGACGUAAGAAGAGCUAUCGUGCAUCAACACGUGCACCAUCCGUUGUCAACUCUGAGCAAAGUAGCUCUCCGUCUACUUCUCGCUUUUCCGAAUCCUUCAAGAGAUUAACAGGAAGCUCCUUUUUUAAUAUUGCAAAGUCUUCCAUCGAAUCGGGACGUGGAUCUAGUCCAUCAAGCCUAUACACUAGUUCCUCUGGCCUUGCUCCACCUCAGACCCCUCAUCCUGCAAGUUUGGCAGGUACCUCGACAUCAUAUGGUGGUGUUAAUCUUACCUCGGAGAAUAUUAAAAUCCGCUUGUAUUACCUAGAAACAAGAUCCAAGUGGCGAGAUUGCGGAAAUGCGAGACUGACUGUUACAGCACCACCACCUGGUAUGCGUCAAGCUUGUGCUGUAGACCAGGGUGUUGAACGCCGUAUUCUCGUUACUAGAAAGCCUAUGAAAGCUGAGGACCCAGAUGAGAAGGUGGAGGUGUUAUUAGAUGUUGUGCUAGGUGCAAACUGCUUUAGCAUGAUCGGAAAUAAGGGAGUUACGUGUAAUGUGUGGGAGGAUGUUGUGGGGCCUAAUGGUGAGGUAGGAAUGGUAGGAGCUAUAGGGAGAGUGAGUGGGAGAACGAGGAAGUGGUGUUUGCAGGCGGGAAGUGUACCUGAGGCAAGCUGGAUAUAUAGUUUGGUUGGUGUGGGGAGAUGAUGUUCGAAAGGGAAAGAGGAAGAGAUGAGCUGACAUAGACGUUUGUAAUGCAACGUCGCCGAUGAUGGUUUUAAAGAUACCACUUUUGAUUCCCUUUUCUUUUUCGAGUCUUGGCAUUGCAUUUUCAAUUCUUUUCUAUAUUGUAAGAGUGGUUGGGAAGGACAUGAUAUCUGUCUGAUAAUUCUGUAUGUAUGUAUGUAUAUAGGGGGUGGACGAACGAAGCUUAGUGAGCAAUACAUUAGAGGGGCGACAUCCGGCGGUACACAUGUAAAUGGAUGGAAAGGGUAUGGAUAGGCGGAUGGAAGGAAGGAUACCACCGGUGAAUUUUGGUCUCGGCGUUUAUUGGAUGAGAUGAAAGGAUAUUUUUGGUACAUCAUUUGUGGUGGGGGUUUCUUGAUACCUUUUUGACUUGGAAAAGAUGGGUGGAUGUAAUCUUGGAGAUGAGAAUGGGAAUGCUGAGACAAUCGAAAUGUGAAGGAUGGAAUAGGCGAAGAUGAAAGGGAUUACAGGCAAAUCGAGACAAACACACAACACAAACAACGCCACCAACGAACCGAAAAACGCAUAUACAUUUUAUGCGGAAAACCUCAUCUCUACUGGAAUCUUUGUUGGAAUAUAACUAAGGCUGUGACCUGGAUCCAGAGGGCAUACGAGGGUUUCAAGAGAUUUCUUUCGGUGGAAAGUAUUGUGUUGGGGAGAAUAGGAAAUAAGAGGAGGAGGAAGAGGGGUAGAUAGAAGUCAAAGGAAGGGAAAUAGGUGAUAAUUAGAGGAAUGAUAAUGGAGUGAAUUAUUUAGUUGAAUCUUGUGCUUAUUGCGAAGUGAGAUGCGAUUGAAAUGUAAUUUACAUAUAUCUGAGUUUUCAAUGCGUCUGAUGGUUUGGUCUCACUCGAUCGACAAACUCUCGAUAUAUGAAAGGGAUCUAUGUAAUGUAAUAUUUGAAAGCA